GGAGCGCCUGUGGAGUGAGACACUUGAGAGAUCCGCUCUUCUCACUCCGUCACUCCACGACAAGACAUUUUUGAUCAAAAGGCGACCUUGUGUCAUCAGCCGAAAACUGUGCAGGAGGUUUCCGCUGGUUUUCUCCGCGACGCCAGAGAAGCAGCAGCGUGACUGAGACGCGUCUCCAGGAGUUUUGGGCGGUUUUCAUCAACUCCACCGAGUCCGGUCACCAUGGCAGAGACGUCGGCAGCUCCGGCCAAAGCCAAGAAGACAGCCAAGCCCAAGAAACCGGCUUCUCACCCCAAAUACUGUGACAUGAUCAAGGCGGCCAUCGUCCACGACGUCAGCCGGAGCGGGGCGUCCCGCCAGUCCAUCCAGAAGUAUGUCCGGAAGAACUACAAGGUAGGAGAGAACGCUGACGUCCAGAUCAAAAUGGCCCUGAAAAGGUUGGUGGCGUCUGGGAUGCUGCGCCACACCAAAGGCGUCGGUGCGUCCGGCUCCUUCAAACUGACCAAACCUGAGGACUCGAAAAAGUCCGUCAAGGCUCCUGUGGCUAAACCAAAGAAGGCAGCCAAGCCGGCCAAGGCCAAGAAGGUGGCCAAGCCCAAGAAGGUGGCCAAGACCCCGGAGAAGCCCAAGAAAGCGCCUGUGAAGAAGGUGAAAAAGGUGGCCAAGAAGGCGACACCGACCAAAGUGAAGAAGGCACCUGCGAAGAAAGCCAAGGCGGCCAAAGCCAAGGCCAAGCCCGCCAAGAAAGCGGCCAAGCCCAAGAGGUCACCCAAGAAGGCAGCCAAGGCUGGAAAGAAAAAGUGAACGGCACAGAGGGACUCACUGUAAAUACUGAAGGACGUUUUUCGUAUUAUUUUUCUAAAGCCUCAUAAAAAACAAAACUGUUUACCUGUGGUCUGAUGUCCAUGAAGAAGAUGCUAAUAUUGUUUGCUGUCUGACAGUGUAUAUAUUAAAACUGAUAAUUUAUUCAUUUGGAAAUGUAAGAGCAUCUUUGAGCAUUUACUUUAACACCAUCCAUUGUGAAAUUAUGCUGAAAGCAUUUUAUGAUUUCUUCCUCAUUUUGUUACAUUACUGUUGACACCCGCAAUUCCAUUAAAAUGUCAUUGCCAUUUAAA